AUGACGCCUAAUGAUAGUGGCCCCAAGCUGGCCGUCAUCGUGGCCGUCUUCCUCGGGCUGUCGUCCAUCACGGUAGCUCUUCGCUGCUAUGUCCGGGCUCACAUUUUGAGGGCUUUUCAGGCUGAGGACUGGCUGGCCGUUGCUACAAUGCUUUGCUUCGUACUCUAUUCCACGGCCGUCAUGCUUAGUAUCUCGCACGGGGCAGGCAAGCGUAUUAGUGAUGUUCCUACCGAGAACAUUCCCAAAAUCCUCAAGAUGAGAUGGGCGGCAGAAAUAAUAUACGUCGUGACGUCGCUCCUCCUAAAGUUUACCGUCGGGAUCUUCCUCUUUCGCAUUUGCUCACAGGUGUGGCAGAAAUCAGUGAUUUGCACCGUGCUGCUCUUGUAUCUCGUCUACCACAUCUUCUACACCUUCAUGACCGUGUUCCAGUGCCAGCCGGUGGCGUAUUUCUGGUUUAGAUACACCGGCGGCAUGGAGGGUAAAUGCUGGAGCAACGAUUUGGUUGUGGGCUGUACGUACGCGGCUGCUAGCAUCAAUGCUGUUACGGAUUGGGUCCUUGGGUUGCUACCCAUUACGAUUGUGCGAAACCUUGAGCUGUCGAGGAGGUCGAAGAUCCUGGUUUCUUGCACUUUAGCGCUGGGAUCGGUUGCAUCAACCGCAACCAUCGUCCGUAUCCCCUAUAUCCGGCAGCUAACCCAACCUGGCGAUUUCAUACAUGACUUCUCUGACCUGUCUAUCUGGUCUACUAUAGAAAAUGGACUCGGCCUCAUUGCCUCGUCAAUCGCUACUCUCCGCCCACUAGUCAGGGUGGUGCUCGGGGGCACGCGAGUAGGAACGACAUCAGGGGGGCGCCGCUCUUUUUACUCGUGGAGGAGAUCGGGACCGGGCGCAGCGCAGAACGACAAUCAGCAGUACUAUAGAAUGGAGAACUACUACCGCGACAGCACUUGCAAGGCACCGGAGCGGGUAAGAGUAAGUGAUAGGAAAGUGUCUGAUACCGGGUAG